CUCUCGUCCACCACCUCGUCCUCCUCUCAACAAACUUUCCUCGAACAAGACAAGACAAAACAUAAAACGCAAAACACCCGUCCAAAGGGGGCCUCAGCGUUCCGCCGGCCAUGCAUAUCCGCUCGCACCUCCCACCUUCGAUCUCUCUGUACACAAUAGUGUAACGAUCUACUCUUGGUGAUGCUGCGCAAGACCCCGCUGGCUUCUGCAAGACGUGCCGCCAUCCCGAAGCCCCUCCGAACAGUCAUCAUCACCACUCAGCCUCCCUAGCCACGAACACCAUAUAACAUACCGCUACGAACAUCACGCUACCAAUCGACGCGGCGCAGUCCCACUCCUCGGUUCCCCGUUUCUCUCACGAAGCAUAGCCUACACUGCGAGGCCUGGAGCCGACACCACCACCCCCGAUGUAUUACCUACGCCGCAUCACUAUCCUCGUCGCCGUGCUGGCCUCCGUCUCGUUCACGGCAUGGUUCCUGCCUCGAUACCUCAACCCGAACCCCCCCGACCCUGUCAAGCAGCGCGAGGAUAGGAGAUGGGUUAGCAGUAGUCCCUACUGGCUCGAUCGCCAGGCCUGCCGAUGGCUGAGUCUAUGCGGCGUGCAUCACCUUUCAUGGGACCCCGCCUCGCUCUUCCCUUACAAGAACGACUCCGACGCGGGCGAGUUGCGCCUCGAGCUGAGGUCUCUCGAUGGACGACAUUCCGGGUGGGAGACGGCACCCCAGAAGCGGUCGCCGCGGGAUGACAAGGAGGAGAGGAGGAAGAUCUUGAAAGAGAUUCCUGAUUACGUUCUCGAGUAUGCGCCGCUCGUUCACCUCUACUCGGGCGAGAACUUUUGGCCCUCCGACAUCGCUGAACACAUUCGGCACAUGACGCCCUACCUGGAGCAGGAAGCCCUGAACCGGUCCCUCGUUCUGUCGGACCUGCACACACUCAACAAGGAAGAUGGCAUGGUCUACCUCACUAGCGAUGCCGAUGUCGAGCAGAGACCCGAGUGGUUGCACAGCCACGUUGGUAUCCCCGAACCCUGGAACGAUGAGGGAGACGACGACGAAGGGAAGGACAGCAACGACAACAAGGAUCGCCCGAUAGAGGGCUCUGACCAUCCACGACCUCCCACAGAAGACACGACGUGGUUCGACGUAUCUCGCGAUCAUCCCGUUCAACGCAUUUCAGACCCUCGUCGCCUUGCUCCACAAUUCGCUCCCUCCGCUCGCACCGGCCGCGGCUCUCACCUCCGUCGCCGAGACCAGGGCCAGAAGCCGAUUCCCGAUACGCCUACCCACAAACCCAACCAGGAAGGCUAUUCCAAGGCCCCCGCCGUCCUCGUCCUCGUUGACAAGGGCUCCGGCAUCGUCGACGCAUUCUGGUUCUUUUUCUACUCGUACAACCUGGGCCAGACCGUCUUGACAAUCCGGUUCGGCAAUCAUGUCGGCGAUUGGGAGCACUGCAUGAUGCGCUUCGAGAAUGGCGAGCCCCGUGGCAUCUUCUUCUCCGAACACGAGGGCGGCCAAGCUUACACGUACAAUGCCGUCGAGAAGCGGGGUGUGCGCCCAGUCAUUUACUCCGCCGUCGGCUCUCACGCCAUGUACGCCCAGGCCGGUGACCACCCCUACGUGCUCCCCUUCAGUAUGUUAAAGGAUGUCACCGACAAGGGUCCCCUCUGGGACCCGGCUAAGAACGCCUACACGUACUGGUACGACUACGUCCAGGACAUGGACGAGGACCUCGAUCUGGACCUCGACGACAAGGUCGACGUUGCCAGUGGCCACCGGAAGGACGACCCCGCCAGCUUGGUUCCCACUGCCGAGAACCCCGAUGCGCCGACAUCGUGGUUCCAUUAUGCCGGGCCUUGGGGUGACAAGCUCUACAGCCUUGCCGAUAUGCGCCAGUGGCGCCUCUUCGCCCAGUAUCACUACGUCUCCGGGCCUCUGGGGCCCAAGUUCAAGCGCCUCGAUCGCGAGAAGCUCUGCAUCACCAGCCGCUGCCGCAUCCUUGACAGCCUGAAGCCCGGGCAGACGUGGUACAGUUAGAAGGGUUUGAUGAAGAUAGAAUGAAUAUGAAAAUAAGACUUUUUUUCUUUUUACAAACAUCAAGUUUUCAAAUGAGUCAGAAUUGAAAUGAAACCGAACAUCUAGUUUACAUUUAUCUUUCUUUGACUCUCCUUCUGAUCCGCUGGUGCAAAAAAGCCUCCUGCACAGGCAGGCGUUUGCCGGUGCCAUAUCAGUUAUUCCUCAUGGUUCAUGGCCCAUAAUCGAUAAUUGCAACGUCUCAACACACCAAGUCCUCGACAAUCUUCAAUCGAGCAUCGCCGCUUGCUUUCUCUCCGUUUCUGCUCUUGGUCGUUCUUUUGAUACACCUUCUCCCGGAGAAGACGUGUAAAAAAUAUAAAAAAUAAGAAGGCCAGACAGACCGGCUAGAAACACAACGCCUGAAAAGAAGUCAACCAGUUGCGGAGCCCCUCUUCAGCGAAGUGCCCUGUGACGCCAGGAGCUGAUGCAAUGGAUGGCCUUCGCGAGCCCGCCUGGUCCUAGCGACUCAACUUGAAAGAUGCCCUAUCACUGCAGUGUCUACCAAGCGGGAUGUUGAUAUCGACGUGUCUACCGACAUGGGACCUGGCCGGUGGAUGUCGGGUCCUGGGAAGCUUACGAAAACCAACGGACGCCGGACGGUAUUAGAGCCGAUAAUUACGGAGACGGCACACGGGCUCAGGUUCCACGAGCCGGAAGGAGAGAUGUCAUUUAGUCACCCAGACAAAGGAGUAAAAGAGUGCUAGCCGUUCGAGCUUCGUCAUAUUCACCACCGGUGUCUCGUAAGGAUUGAUGAAUUUGCGUUGCCCACUUCCGCAACCUAGUUUCUGGGUCGGCAUCUAGAACCUAGUGACCCGAAACUCUCAUGUUUCUGCUACUUCAGUUUCAAAUGUUCGAGGGCUAAGCUGGCACUUACACUGCCAUGUCAACUCAAGCGGUGCUGACGUCCUGGAUCCCAUCCGAGUUCUCCGUUUUCUCCGUUGAAAUAUUCCAAUUCAUGCUACCGGACGGAUUCUGGGGACGGUCGAUGUAAUGCAAAUGUUCUUGGACUCGGUCUCUAGGGUCCGCCAUCAAAGUUGCCACGACCAUGGCAAGGACGGCACCGCUCACGACACCCAUACUGACAGAACCACAGUAGCAGCACACCAAACCGCAGGCAGAGCUCCCCAUACCCUUGUUCUGGGUCCCGUACGGCACAGGCAGCAGUCAGGCGAGAGGCCGCCGAUUAAUGACAGCCGGCCUUCGUGACUGGCUAAUGGCAGCCACCAGGAGAAGGAGUCUGGGUCCGAUCAA